AUGGCGUUUGCACCACCGAAGAACUCAGAUGGCUCCAAAUUACAGACCAAAAUGAGCACUUGGACCCCACUCAACCACCAGCUGAUGAACGACAAGGUGUUUGAAGAAAGAGGAGUGUUACUUGGGAAAUGGUUUGACAAGUGGUCAGAUGUCCAGAGACGGAGGAUCUUGUGUGACCUGUUUGAAAGAUGCACAGUAUCACAACUAAAAUUCUUAAGCAAUGAGCUACAAGGAAAAGUCCCGCAGGAGUCCCUGGAUUUCACAACAGUGCUUCCUAGAGUAUUGUCUCUGUACAUAUUUUCUUUCUUAGACCCUCGGAGUCUUUGCCGUUGUGCACAGGUGAGCUGGCACUGGAAGGGCCUAACUGAACUAGACCAGCUAUGGAUGCCCAAGAGCUUGCGGUUCGGUUGGUACAUCAACUUUUCCCCAACUCCUUUUGAACAAGGUAUCUGGAAAAGACAGUACAUAGAGAUGGUGAAGGAACUGCACGUUACAAGACCCAAGACUCCUCCUAAGGAUGAGUUUGUUGUUAUUGACGUCCAGCCUAUUACCAAACAAACUAUGGAUAUGAAGCUUUCUUCUUCAUUCGGCCACCAUACUGUAUCCCCAUCUGGAAAAUCCAACAACAAAGGCAAAAAUGAGCUUCCUCCCUGGCGUUCAUCUGAUAAACACCCUACAGAUACAAUACGAUACAACUACCUUGAUAAUUAUGACCCCAAUGAACAAGCCAGGCAGGUGCGGAAAAUGUACAAUGGAACGACUCUAAACCUCAGCCAGCAAAACUCAGAGAAAAAGAAACGACCAUCUUCAGCGUCCUAUAAAUUAAGGAAAGCAAAAUCACUGAUGUCCCUGUCAGUUGAUCUCAACAAAAGGUCUAAAGGUCCAUCCAGACCAGAUUGGGCAGCUCACCAGACUGAAGAUUACCCAAUGAACAAGGGCGCAGCAAAGACCCUGGCACACAGCACAGAGUGGAAUGCUGGGAUACGACCUGCACCUGUCCGAUCUGCCAUACCCAAAAUAUCUGAGAGGGGACAGAAAGUCUGCACAAGAACAUCAAGAAGCUCACCAACUAUUUCUCUGUUUGAGAGCCAACCCUGGCAAUUACCUCCCUCAAACAAUGGCUCGGAUGAAGAAUAGAAAUCUCUCGAGAUCUAAAUGUGACCUGCUGAUUAUUGGCGGAACCUACAAACCAUUGAGGAGCAGUGUUCAGAGACUGAGGUGCCUUCGUUAUUUAUCAACACAAACAUAUGUUUUCUUUCCCUGCUUCCAAAACAUGACCCCUUCCUUUGUCAUUCACAGUGCCUUAGAUCAGAUCUCUUUGCUCCUUUAUUUUCUCUUAUUUUGCUCUACCUUAGUCAUUGACAUUAAACCACCAUGCCUGAAGGAAAUAGCAGAGAUGUUUACAGCCAAACACAGUGGAUGUCCUAAUCAUGUAUUAAUUCUGGUUGUCCAAUCAGAUUUAGGUUUUGGAUUGCAGCUAUGAGUGACCAUUUCAUGAUGCGCAACGUGUACCAUGAAUGUCAUUGUAAAAUGUUGUUACAAGUCGGCAAACAUUUGUUGUAAGUUAUAAAAAGCAUAAAGUGUAUAUUUAAAAAACUAAUAGGAUGAGAAAAUUAUUAUUUACGUUGCAACUAACCACAUCAUUUAUAUGCGCAUGAAUUUAUGUUUAA